AUGGCUGAUGCAGUGAAAGGUCUCCCAACGCUAACCGAGUCGCAAAUUAUAUCCCUUGGACACAAAGGUGGCUUCCCUCGUCUUAUCGACUCGGUAUGUGGGAUAUGUCUCAACACCUUCCUUGCCAUCCUCGCAGAACAAGAAAUGGCGGAAGCAAUGGACUCGCCGACCUAUGCAGUCGAAGAGCUUGGUGUUACGAGACUAUCUCAAGAAUGGCAGUGCGGGCACCUUUUCUGCCGCAAAGACAUCACGAAAUGGAUUCAAGAGGGGAAGAAGACUUGCCCUACCUGCCGCCGCCGAAUAGCGAAGCCCGGGACCGAUGAGGCAGAGACCGAAGCUCAGACCCCGGUUGAGCAGGUGCAAAACAUUAUUAACAGCUACCUGGAAAUGGCUACCAGACCCACCCCCGCGAGGCCAACCCGCAAUGAACGUGAACAUGAAUUUUCCGGGAUGUAUUCAUAG